AUUGGCUGAGCGGAAGGUCAGCUGCUGCUGUAAGGUUGCACGUGCAUUUCGACGCAUGCCGAAGUCAAGAUGGUGGCCUCCAUGAUUCGUUGUUACCAGUUUGUUGGUAAACAUGGCUUGGCCUUUUGUUCCCGGCCACUGGGGUACUUAAGUUGGAGAGGUGAUGCCAACACGUUACACAGGAGUCAAGCCGCAGCUGCAGCACUGCAGGUGCGAUAUGCCUCGGGUCGCAAAGGUUUUUUGGGAGAGUUUGUGGAUAACCUUCGUCAGGAGUUCGGUAAGAAUCAGGAGAUGAAGGAGAACAUCAAGAAGUUCAGAGAGGAGGCCAAGAGGCUGGAAGAGUCCGAUGCGCUAGAACAGGCGCGGAGGAAAUAUAAGUCUAUAGAAGCAGAGACCGUGAAGACCUCAGAAAUAUUUAAAAAGACACUGGGCUCGUUGUCAGAAACAAUGAAGGAGAGCAUUGAGGAGGUGAGUCGCACAGACAUUGGGAAGAAAAUAAAGGAAGGUGUGGAGGAAGCAGCACGUAGCGCCAUGCACUCUGCUGAGACGGUUUCCAAAGGAGGACAACGACUGGGCAAGACCAGCGCCUUCCAAGCUAUCUCACAGAGUGUAGAGUCCAUGAAGAAGGAGAUCGAUGUUGGCGAUGCUGGACCUUACAGAGCUCCCCCUCAGCUGAGGAAGAGGAGUGAUUUUUCCUCGAAGGGAGCAGAUGGUGACAACAGAGUAUUUGAAGCCAAUGAGGAGGCUUUGGGUGUUGUUCUCCACAAGGACUCAAAGUGGUACCAGCAAUGGAAGGACUUCAAAGACAAUAACAUGGUUUUCAACAGGUUCUUUGAGAUGAAGAUGAAAUAUGAUGAAAGCGACAAUGUCCUCGUCAGAGCAUCCAGAGCUGUGACCGACAGAGUCACCACCGUCCUCGGCGGUCUUUUCUCUAAGACUGAAAUGUCUGAAGUGCUGACUGAGAUUGUGAAGGCAGACCCCAAAUUUGACAAGGACUCUUUUCUCAAACAGUGUGAGAAAGAAAUCAUCCCCAACAUACUGGAGGCUAUGAUUCGUGGUGAGCUGGAUGUAUUGAAAAGCUGGUGCUAUGAAGCGACAUACAGUCAACUGGCCCACCCCAUCCAACAAGCUAGAGCUUUGGGAUUGCUGUUCCAGUCCAAAAUCCUUGAUAUUGAUAAUAUUGAUUUGGCCAUGGGGAAGAUGAUGGACCAGGGCCCAGUGCUCAUCAUCACUUUCCAGGCCCAAGUCGUCAUGGUGCUACGAAGUCCCAAAGGAGACAUCGUGGAAGGAGAUCCGGAGAAGGUAUUGAGGACGAUGUAUGUUUGGGCGCUGUGUCGUGACCAGGAGGAGCUGAACCCCAACGCGGCGUGGAGACUCCUUGACAUCUCCGCAUCCAGCACUGAGCAGGUUCUCUAGGAGGAAAAGAAGAGGGGGAGGGGGAUGUCGGUGAAAAGACACACAAACUAGAAAUGACGAUGAGCCUGGAAUACCUGCAAGUACUCAUGCUCACUGAAAGGGGGACGAAUCUGGGUUCAGUUGUGUGGAUUUUCACACAAUUUCUCCUUUGCCAUCACCAUUAAGAGGCUUAAUGUGCACGUUUAUAAAGAUGCAAAACUUAGAAGAAGUAUUUGACUCUAUGGAUACUUAUCAGUGAACUCUUGUUUUCCAAGUUUGAUCUUAGCCUCUAGGCUACAUUUUGAAAAAGGAUGGCAGCAACUUGCAACAAGCAGGUUCCCGACCCCCGUGGUCUCAUCUCAUGGCAAAGUCCAGCCAGGCAGCCACAUGGUUUCUACAUGCUCGGGACUAAACUGCAUGCUUGAUCAGUUCCUAGCAGGACAUCAAAAGGAAGCUUAAUGCUUCCCCGCUCAACUACACUGAAAAUUGACAUUAUUUAUUUAUUUGCAAAUACCUUCCAAAUUUCCCCAUUUUGGGACAAUUAAAGGUUAUCUUAAUGCUUAAUUUAAGCUGUAAGCAAAUGCACGUUGGGUUUGAAGGAGGAGAGGUCAUCACAAUUAUAUACAUUUUGUUAGAGUCAGCUUCGGAGAUGUGUUUGGUGCCGUGAAAAAGUAUUUGCCCUUUUCCUGAUUUCAGAUUGUAUUAUUAUUAUCAUUAUUAUGUGAAUGUAAGUGCGAAUGAUUGUUUGUUUAUAUGUGCCCUGCGAUUGGCUGCCGACCAGUUCAGGGAUAGGCUGCAGCACGUCCGAGGAAAGCGGUACAGAAAAUGGAUGGAUGGAUGGAUUAUUAUUUGCCAAUUUGUCACACUUAAAUGUUUCGGAUCAUCAAGGUAAUUAUUAUAUUGCACAAAGACAACCCCAGGAAAUACUAAAUGCAGUUUUUAAAAGCUGAUUUUGUUUAUUAAAUGGGGAAAAAAAAUCAAAAUCUGUGUGGCCCUAUGUGAAAAAGUAUUUGCCUCUUCCCCCAACCCAUACCACCUGAUUUGUUGAAUCAAAAAAAUACUUAAAUAGUACCUGUCAAAGUAAAGUUGGCAACUCAGUAAGAAAUGUGUCACAAUCUAAAGACAUUCAAGAACAAAUGAGAAACGCAGUGAUGGAAAUCUGUAUCAGUCUAGAAAAGCUGACAAAGCCAUUUCCAAGGCCUUGGGACUCCAGCAAACCACAGUCAGACAUUAUCCACAAAUUGAGAAAACUGGUAACAGUGGUAAACUGUAGUGAUUGGCCAGAAGACGACUCAUCCAGGAGGCCAUGAAAGAACUUAGAACAAUAUACAAAGAAUUGCAAUAACCUUUUCACAUAGUGCCAGAUAGGUUGUUUUUUUUUUGUCCCCUGUUAAUUAAUAUCAUCAUUUAGAAUUUUGUAUUUCCUCCGGUUGUCUUUGUUGAGGUAUUUAAAUUUGCUUGAUCUGAAACAUUUGAAUGUGAUAAAUAUGCAAAAAAAUAAUAAUAAUUCACAGCAUUGUAUAUAGAAUAGUUCCAAUCAAAAGUAUUAAGCCCCCAUUGUAAAUUUCAAUUAUUUUCAAAAUAGUACAAACUUUACAGAUCCACUUUCCAUAAAUACUUAGCUUUGUUUUAAGUUGUGUAGAGCCAUUUAAAAUUGUUUUGAAUUGUUGUCAAGUCACUAAAUGUUUGUAAAUUUUGCAAAUCUAAUUUACAUUGAGUGUUCUAAUCUUAAAUGCGCCUUUAGUCCUUUAUGUCCUCCUAUUGCAGCAUUUUAAAUUGAGCACAAUAGAAACUGAGUUUCUGCAACUUGGCAUUUUUAAUGUUGAAGAACUUUACAGAAUUUUGGCUUGUUCAGCAGAUUAAUACAACAAUUGAACCACUUACAGAUAUAUAGCUUGUAAGAAAAAGUCUGAAGCAUCUCAGAAAAUCUUCCCCGUGAAUAUUAUAAUGUUCAGGUUAUUUAAACCACAUAAAUGUUAUGUAGCUUCUCAUUAUAAUACAGUUCCAUAAUUCAUCAUGAAUUCAAAACAAAACAUUAAUUCAUUAAUUGGAUUAUACCUAAUAAAUCAUUCUCCAUAUGCGUUUAAAUGUAAAUAUAUGGGACCAUAUUCCAAUAUCUGAUGAAGGAGCCUUGUCAGACUGUGGAUCGUGUUGCACUUCCUUAUUGAGAUGAAUGAGUGAGUUUACCUUUUUUUUUUUUUUUUUUUUUUUUUUUUUUAAAAGACUGUUUUUACAUUUACAUUCAUCACAUUUCACUCUGGACCGAACAGACUAUGAUUGCUUUGCGCCAGUUGUAUCGUUUUUGUAUUUCACCAUCUGAAGAUGAUACGCAUUGGAUUUGAAGUGCAACAUCCCAUGAAUGCCCAAGUUGGUUCGUUCAUGUAUUUCCGCACAAAAAUGCUAUUCAUGUUCAACAAAGUAAAGAGAUCUAUCAUGAUUGUUUACACUUUGUGCAUAUUGACCUUUGCAUAUACAAUCAAUAAAUUAGACUAUUGGUAAAAUCUCA